GAAGAUUCUCCUACUGUUGAUAACAUCAUGUGUGGUUCUUGGGCAUCCCAGUUCUUGUUCUGGGCCUGUUUAUUUUUGGGUACUUACUUCUUCCUCCUUACCGGAAGUUUAGCACUCUUUCCGGGCCCGUCACUUGCAUUCUCGCAUAUUGAGUUGCGGGUCGCAAUGCAAGGGAUGACGGGCCUUUAAAUGCUUAACAAGUGUCAUUUAACGACCGCAUUUAUUUUGGAAUGUCCCGGUUUCAAUGGUUGUCACUCCCAAAAGUGAUCUCUAUAAGGUCAGGUGAUCGGGUUCCUCUACCUUCCUCUUUUUCUUCCGUCUG